CAUCAAUGCAUCACCAUCAGGGCCCCACCACCCGAUUCAGAAGCAUUAAAAUAGUAACGAGAGUUGUACAAUGCGUGACAGUUUAUAAUUGAAUCCGGGUGUAUACUAGAACUCGUUUGAAUUAGCAUCUCGGCAGUGCUGUUAUUAUCGAUAUCUGCCAAUAUCAACAAUGUCACCAUUUCCUCCUUGGACUCGUUCACCAGAGGUCUAGAGUCACCGUCGAACCGAAAAGCUAGCGCCUUGAUCCUCACGACAUAUAUAAGCUCAACAUUCGAAAUCUCAUCAACGAAAUGUCCAAGGUCUCCAAGUUCGUGACAUCACCCGAUGGUUGCAAGAUCUUCGCUGAAGGCAUCGGCAACCUCGAGGGUCCAACCGUUGUCUUGAUUCAUGGCUUCACUCUAUCCACAGUCGUAUUCAACAACCUCUUUGAAGACGAUCAGCUACUUUCCAAACUUUAUCUUGUGCGAUAUGAUAUGAGGGGUCAUGGUAGGAGUGGUAGACCUCUAGAUAAGAGCGAUUAUUCCUCCCAGAAGUUCGCUGCGGACUUCGCUGCUGUGGUGGAGGAAUUUAAACGACAAACACCUUAUCUACUCGGCUGGAGCUUAGGGGCAACUGUUGGUGCAGAUGUCUGCGCGCACUGUCCUGCAGGCUAUUUGUCAGGCAUUAUCUAUGUUUGCGCCCUCCCUUAUAUCGGAGAAAUCAUGAAGGACUUGCCAAAGGAGAACCUCAAAAAACUCCAGCCAAGAUUCCUUGGGCAGAAUUUCGAAGAUGCGAUCAAAGCGAGGAUUGAUUUUAUAGAUUGCAUGAUCAACGAGCUUAACGCUUCGAACUGGGAUAUGCGGCUACUUUGGGUUGGAGCAUCCAACCACAUGACCAUUAACGACAUGUUGACCGCCUUGACGCGCGAGCAAGAUCCUGAGCCGCUUCUUUCUGCAGGGAGGGAGGGAUUGAGACUGCUUAUUCUUUCCGGAGACGCUGAUCAACAUCUCAACAACGAGGUCGUUGAUGCACAAGUGGGUCAGCAUUUUAAGAAUAAGAAAGUUGUGGUCAUCAAGGGUGGCAGCCAUGCGUUAUUUUACGAAUUCCAAAGUCAGGUCGUCGAGGAGAUACUAGCAUUUGUCACCAAGUAGGUUUUUCACCACCGCUAUUAGUUAUGGAAAUGCAGAAUCCCGUCUGUGUUACCUGACGCGUCCCAAAAAAGCUGUACUUGUUACUUUGAAUAUGGACUGAUUGUCGCUCACAACUGAGCAUCAUGUGCUGCCCAUCAGCUGCGCAGCAGCGAGUUGGGUGGCAAGUUCUCAUUGUUGAAAUCAUUGAACAGCAUCCAGGCACUUACAUCAACGGAGAUAGCGCUGUUGUCAGUAACGAAAUUCAAUACUAAUUCCUUGGUGGAUCCCAGGUAAAAGCCGUUGCACAUCAUUCGCCGUCACAUUCAGCAACUGUGUCGGCGAGUAUGAGAACAGAGCGCACCUCGCACGACCGCGGAGAUACACUAGAGUCGAAUUGAAUUAAGCUUGGACACGGAAUCCGGGAGUAAGAAAUUUCCAACAGACCACGGCCAUGGACGGAAAUUAGCUCGGUGGUGGCCAGUAGUGGCCAGCGCUGUCU